AAACCCCCAAAUCCAUUCUCUCUCUCUCUCUGUCUCUCUGUCUCUCAUCUCUGCUUCAGAGAGUUCAGUUCGGUCGAUGGACGAAGAGUGAAGGCGGAGAAGAUGACGACGAUGGAGAAGCUGUUCAUGCAGAUCUUUGAGCGGAAGAGGUGGAUCAUCGACCAGGUCAAGCACCAGUCUCACCUCUUCGACCAGCACCUCGCCUCCACCCUCCUCAUCGACGGGAUCCCUCCUCCUCCUUGGCUACUCCCUCAGCCCUACUCCUCGGACCCCGCCGAGUCGAAGAAAGAAGAGCUCAUUUCAGGACUCUUGUUCCCAUUUCCUCAAAUAUCAGCCCCUUAUUCCAGCAGUCGCAACUCUCUGAAUUAUCAGCAAAUUUUUGCAGCUGAUAGUGAAUUACGUCAGGGUUUAUACGGAGAUGCUUGUGCUAUACAUGGAAAACCUGAAGCCAGAGGCAAGACAUCGGUCCUGCCAGAGGUCGUAGGUGAUUAUGAUUGUGCCGUAAGUGGUGCUCCAAAUCCAAUAUCCUCUUCCCUUGGAAAGUCUCCUCAUGAAUGCUUCUUGAAUGAUGCUUCCGAGCUGCUACCCACUCCCAUUGCUAAGUCCCCUCAAGAUCAAAGAGAGGCAGAAGUCCCUGACACUUAUCAUAGUUUGGAACAAUCACUUGCGAGGAUCCAAAGGUCCAAGCCGAGACAGAAGGAUCUUGAGCUUCGCAACAGCGUCAGGGCAUGUAAAAGCUCUUUAUGUGAUGAAUUUCACGCCGAUGUCAACCCAAGCACAAUUACUGGCUCUGGAAAUGCCUGUCCACUCACUGACCAUGUGGAUGAUGUGGAGGUGGUUAAAUCCUUUGGUACAGAUUGCAAUGUUUGUGCUAUGGAAGAACCUCAAAUGGUUGAUUGCAGGAGUGACGACAAGGCUUGUGGGAUUUCCAGUGAUAGAGGUAUAGUAACCGUUGUUUCUGACCUACAACCUCUAAGUGUUGAUGAGUCGGUGAAGCAUGGAAGCUCUCGUUCCAUUGCUGAGAGAUUCAGUGCUCAAGGCUCUGAAUCUUCAUUCAAGUCUAACAGUGGAGCACUGAAAGUUGUCCAAUCUAUCUGUGUUACAAAUGCAGGGGAUUCUCGGAUAAAGGAAAAGAACAGAAGUAUUGACUGUAGAAGAAUAACCAGAUCCCAAAGUUCAACUCAACCUCAUUGCCAGAGUGAAUUUUUAAAGCAGGCUGACUCCUCUGCCAUUGGUCGUGAAGCUAGGAGUUUGCUUGAAGAAGCCAUCCAUGUCAACUCUACUGAAAAGCUGAGUGAGAGCAGCGGAAUGCAGGAAGCUGAAAUUGAGUUUUGCCAAAGCACUGAACAGUUUGAUAAUGGUGGACUUUCAAGAAUGCAGGAGUCUCGGGAUACUGGUAGUGUGAAGGUUAACUACUCAGAGGGCGGCAAGUCAGUACAGAUGCAACAAAUCGAUGCCAAUAGCGGGCAAGCUGACAAACCUCUAAACCUGAGUAAUUUGCAUCCCACAGUAAGUCGGUCCACUUCCACUGGUUCCUACAAGCCCACCUCUGUGAAUGUAUCGACUGAUGCUGAACAAAGGGAUGCUUGUAGCAAUCACGUGCAUAUUUUGUCUGGCAACAGAGAUGAUGCUGGUCUGAAGAGCUCUGGUCCAGAUGUUGCAGAAAUGAGGGUUGUUUCUAAUAAACCAUCACAAGACAUUCGUGCACACACCCAGUCUAACUACAAUGAUGAUAAUGUGAAAAAUGAGUCAGAAGUUCUUGUCUCUGGCUCGAAUGCUGAUCACGCCACGCAGGUAGAGCCCAAGCAACUUGACUUUGAUGAUAUAGGAGGGCGAAAGAGCGGCUUGAAGGGAAUUGAUGGCACUGCCUUAGAAGAAAGAAUCCGGGAAGAAGAGCCAGCUCAAGGUCAAAGUAAUUCAUUAGGCCCAGAGAACGGGGACAGAGAGUGCUGUUCCUUUUCUACUGAAGUCCUUGUCGAAGACACAGUUGACGGCAGCAGAAUCACAAGACCAGAUACUGCAGUGCUUUUAUGUGAUGCAUCUGAAGCAGGCAGAUCUCUUACUUUUGAUUUUUCCCUAGAAGGAGAGAUAACUGAGGGUCGAAAUUCUGCACUUGGGGACCUUCCAUAUGAAUAUGACGGUGAAAAUGCACUCCAGCACCCACUUGAUGUUGUGGAAGCUUCUAGUUUAUCUAGUCCGAAAUUCAUGGUGAAACUGGAUCUUUCAGCAGAGAGGAGUACAAAGCAGUUUGAUUCAGCAGAGCCAUCUAAACUGGGAUCUCAUGACAGUAAAGUGGAAUACAGUGCUCGCGUCAGUCCUAAAAUAUCAGCUGAGGUGAAAGUUGGAAGACUAGCAGGUUCCACCAUUUCCAGUCAUCCGGAAUUAAUUUUGGGUGAUCAUACAGCAGAAGUUCAUGGAAGUGUGCCUGGAAGUACUGGUGAUUCCUCACUGCGUGAUAUGACUACAGACAAUCCUGUGUGUCAACUUGCCCAGCCUGUAGAAAAUCAUAUCAGUGGUCUGCUGAAUGCAGGUUGUUCUAAAUCAGAUGACCACCACAUUUCAGGAAACUCUGUACUGUCAAGGGAGAAGUCAAGUCCACAUUCAGGGAGCUUAUGGCCUCAAUCUAGGCAGGGAAGUGUUGGAACUGGUCAAGCUGAGCCUCCAACUGCUUCACCAACCUCUUCUUUGCAGAGUUCUCGCAGGCAUACUCAAGAUAGAAACUUGAGUAGAGUCGAAUGCCACCAAGGGGAUGUUCCAAGUCUGGAAGAGAUUAUUACAGCUCAUGAUGGUGAUGCCGUAUGUCCUAAUGUCAGCUGCAACCCAGGUGAUUUAAUUGAAGAGAAUUUGGAGGAUUAUGCAAUAGAAGGAUUUCGCUUUUCGCCAAUGCAGCAAGAAGGAAAGGGUGACCCAGGACCAUCUCUUGACACAGGUCUUUUGAAAAAGAACGCUGCUUCUCGACAUAGUUUAUCAGAAAAAACAGAAGUAACUGGUGCAUCUGACUAUGUGUUUGAUAUAAGGACGUGCAUCGAAGAUGAAGUUAAAGUUCAACAGCACGCCCAAGAUAAAUUUGAAUGCGGAGAUGCAGAACAGUCAGCUUCUUCUGAAGGACCUGUCGAGGGAAAAUUGUCCCAUCUUGAAGAGUCACUUGAGCAUUCAUCUCAUUUGGUUGGUUCUCCUCUUCCCCCUGUGGAAUUGACCAAUGCUGAUCAAAUGAUGCCUGUUCUUGAAGGCUUUGUUAUGGAGACGGAGGAUGGACAAUUGUGCUUACCCAAAGGUGGAUCUAGUUUUGAGGAGUUUGAUCUUCGAGAUAAUAUGGUAGAGCGCGCUGGUCUUAUGGAGCAGCUUUGUAAAUCUACAUGCUUGCAUACUCCAUCCUCUAAUUUAUCACCUGCAGAUAAAUUGCACAAAGGAUCAAUUUCAUAUCAGUCUGUCCCUAAUGGCCUUCUUGAGUACAUUGACCUCAAGAGCACUCGGCCUUUGGAAGAUGAUGUUAUUGGUCUCUUUAAUGGUGGUUUCUUCAAGAAAGAAGUUGGGCAUGCGUUGGAUGAAAAAUCAUUCUCGGACUGUCUUCCACUUUCUGAAGCCGAAAAUGCUAGGAAGCCCUAUUUGUCUCCAGUUGGAAAGUUUUGGGAGAAAAUCGCCUCAAACUCUGGCAGUUCAAAGAAUAAAGCAAGCUUAAUUCCCGAGCUUCCAUGCAUAAGCGAAGAAAAUGAGAUUGCAGAUGAAGCAACUGGUACAUCAGCGAAUGACAUUCCUUUAGCAGGGAUAACAAGCUCCGCUAAGAGAAAACCUCUUGCUGAUAUCACAGAAGAUCCAAACUGUCCUGCUUCAGUGUCUGAGCUCGAGAAUCACAGAUGUAGUCUAGAAUCUGUUAACACAGAAGUGAGCUUCAGUGGGACCAACAAAAGGUUCAAACAGAAGCUCGGGACCCAUAGAAUGAGCAAGAAGAGGUACACCAAUAAGAUGAGGGAUAGCAAGGCCGUACCACGUAGUGCGAGGAUUGCAAAGGUUCCAACAGAACUUCGUAGCAGUGUCAGCAAGCCAAAUAUGAGCCUUCAGAAAGAUGGCCUUGGUAUCCUUGGAAAGGAAGCUAAGCGAGGCAAUAUAGUCUGUAAUGUAAAUUCGUUUGUUCCCUUGGUUCAACAAAAGCAAGCAGCUGCGCCUUUGGCAGGGAAGAGGGAUGUUAAAGUGAAGGCUCUUGAAGCUGCAGAAGCUGCACGGCGUCAAGCAGAAAAGAGAGAGGUCGAACGUAAAAUGAAGAAGGACGCUUUGAAACUUGAGAGGGCAAGAGUGGAGCAAGAAAAUAGGAGGCAAUUGGAACUGCAAAUGAAAAGGAAGGAAGAGGAGAGGAAGAAAAAGGAGGCUGAAAUUGCCGCUAGGAAAAGAUUAAGGGAAGGAGAGAAAAAGGACAAAGAGAGGAAAAGAAAACGUGUUGAGGAUGCUCGAAGGCAACAAGAGGAACAGAAGGACAAAUUAGGUCCCAAGAAAGAAGGGAAAGAAAUGAAGGCUAAGGCCAUGAUUGUUGAUGAGAAAAAAGAUGUCAACCCGAAGAUAACAGAAAAUGAAGCCGCCAUAACUCGGAUUUCACAGGAUGUUCUAGCAGAUAGAUCUCACGUACCUGAGACCCCGUGUAACCGUUCAGAUAAUUCAAAGGUAACAAGCUUUUUCAACCAGGGAAUAGAUGGAACCACUGUAGGAGAUGGCAUUCAAGAACAAUCAUAUGAGAUAUCCCCCUACCAGUGUUCAGACAAUGAAGACGAAGAUGAGGACGAUGAUCUGCCCAAAAAGUUCAUUCCUUCAUGGGCAAGUAAAAAUCUCAUAGCACAGGCAAUCUCCUCUCAACACAGAGUGGAUCCCGAUCUGAUUCUUCCCCCAGAUAGCUUUUGCAGUAUAGACGAAGUUGUAUUGCCUCGGAAGUUACGACUGAAAUAGGAGGCAGCUUCGCUUGCAUUGAAGUGUCUUAUAUUGCUCUCUCAAUCACCAGAAGAUAAUAACAUGUUUGGGAAAUCUGAAGAGAUCCACUGUUUGUUCCAUGUAAAUGUUGUAGCGGAACAUGCCGAUCAUCCGAAUGUGUAUAUAUUUCUCUUCUAGACAGUAUCAAUUCUGGGGAUGUCUCUGAAGAUUCGGUGGAUUUUCCUCCACUUGCAGGGUCACAAUCUCAGACCCUGCCCGUGCCAGAUUUAGAUCAUCUCUCCUCGAGAAGCAAGUCGGCUGUGUUCCCUGUUCACUGCAGCAUGAGGUUAGGCUUCAGAAGCUGAUGAGUUCUAUUACUAGAUGGAAUCAUAUCGCAGUAGCCGACACAUUCUGUAACAUAGCUUUUAACCAGGCUAUAUAAUUCAUGUAAUUUCAAGGAAAUACUGCACCGAUCAAUAUUCAUGGUCGUAAAUUACAUUUUUGAAGCUUGGGCACAGCCCUAGUCAGUCUCUCACUCUUAGCCAUAGCGAUCAGGGUCAUGGCGUAGGGAAAUAGGACAUAAUAGUUUGGGUCAUGUCACCUCUCAUGACAUCGAGACUUGGGCUUCUCAUUUCAAAGCUUCCAAGCUACACCAGGUGAUCCGAUCCUGAACUGCAUAUGUUAGGCGGCGAUCACCCAGGUGCACCGGUAUAGGUGGCCCCGGCCUCGACACCAGACCUGUGUAACCUCAGAAGGAGCUGUAAUCCUUCACUGAUGUUGAUGUUUAUUCAUAUCUCGAUUGAUGGCUCCAAUCGACAUGGUCCACGAAGACAGACUGGGUCUAAAUCGGAUUCUCUUUUGCGGGGCCGCCUGCUGUAAGAUUUGAGUAAUAGGCUGAGCUGCUCCCUAACGGCUAUAUUGACUAUGGAGAUUGGAAUAAUCCUAUUCUCGUCCCAAGCUCUUCAUGGAUUAGUUAUGACUGGGCUUUGCUUUCUGCU